AUGGCAGGUCUCACAUUGUGGAUCGCGAGCAAAGCCGCCGCCUUCCUCUUCUUGAUCGAGCGCGCCUAUAUCAUCUCAUGGCCCAUCACUCCAAGACACAAGACUCCAGACUACGUCCUGAGCUACAUUGUGAUCUUUUCAGCGUACUUUACUGUCACGGUGCUGUCGAUUAAAUUCCGCGUAGCAUUCGUGCUAGAGCCUGCGGACAUCUGUAUCAUCGGCAUACAGAUGUAUGCACUCAUACCGCUUUUGCUGGUGGAGGUACUCUCCUACCUCUACUUGACAAUUCGAUUCUUGAUACCGCUUGUGAUGGUACAUUUUGGAGGUCAAGGCCUGCUCGUACCAUUACGAAAAGUGGUAAUACGAACAUGCAUCGGAACAGUGAUUGCAAUGUUGUCAACCGCUGCCGUCAAAAUCUCCUUGACAUUAUUCAAUGGAGAGCCUGCUUGGCUCUGUUGCAUGACUUGCAAGAUAGAUGCACUCAUCGCAUGCACUACUCUUCACUGGAUCACCAAACCCGAAGCUACAGAAGGGGGCGAAAACGGCACCCCGCAGACUUUGGGCGUCGGCUUUGAUGAAAACGACAAAGAAAGCGGCGUGGUUGUGGAAACUUCCCAAGUCUCGGACAACCAAAGAGCGGCUUCCAACUCUACGACUUUGGUGUGAGAGAGAGAGACUGAAUGACUGACUGACUGACUGCAAGAUGUCACAACGGAUCUAUGCGGAUUUAUAUAUCCGUAUCAUGGCGCAAAUUUUGCACAAGAAAGAAAAAGAAUUGAAAAGU